AACUUUUUUUUUUUUUACAUUUGUAACAGCUUCAUUAGAAAUCCUUGUAUUUAACUGGAGUCGUCACACCCAAAGAAGGUUGACAACUACUAAUCUGAAGUCUUAAAAACAACAAACAGGAAUCACAAGUGUGAACAUGUCUGGUGAAGAUGCCCCAACUCAGCAGCAGCCUGAGCAGGAGCAGCAGAAGCCGGAUCAGGCUCCACCAGGUUCCCCCGAGGAGUCUGGGAGCAGCCCCGGAGCUACAGCCGCAAAGGAGGAGGUGGAGGCGCACAAGACCUUCCCCUGCAGGGCUCUGGUCCUGACGGGGUACGGGGGUUACGACAAAGUCAAGCUGCAGGUGAAAACGCAGAAAAAACCGCAGCUGAAAGCGGGUGAAAUCCUGGUGCGCGUCAAGGCGUGCGGGCUGAACUUCGCCGAGCUCCUGGGGAGGCAGGGUCUGUACGAUCUGCUGCCCUCCCCACCGGUCAUCAUGGGAAUGGAGGGCUCCGGGGUCAUCGAAGCAGUCGGGGAUGAUAUCAAGGAUAAAAAAGUUGGAGAUCGUGUCAUCGUGCUGAACCGCAGUGGGAUGUGGCAGGAGGUGGUGGUGGUCCGUACUGAGCGUGCUUUCAUCAUGCCAGACCAAAUGAGCUUCGAAGAGGGUGCUGCUCUCCCCAUUAACUACCUGACUGCGUACAUGAUGCUGUUUGAGAUGGCUAACGUGAGGCCAGGCAAGAGUGUCCUCAUCCACAUGGCAGCAGGUGGUGUGGGUAUUGCUGCUACCCAGCUGUGUCAGACUGUGCAGGAUGUAACCGUUUUUGGCACAGCGUCUGCAGCCAAACAUGAAACCAUCAGCCAGGGCGGUGUGACGCACCCCAUCGACUACCGCACCAAAGACUAUGUAGAGGAAAUCCGUAAAAUCAGCCCCAAGGGAGUGGAUGUCGUCCUUGAUCCACUUGGAGGUUCAGACACCCAGAAAGGCUUUAGCUUGUUGAAACCUUUGGGCACACUCAUAGUGUUCGGUGCGGCCAAUUGUGUGACCGGCCAGAAGAAGAACCUGUUGGCCAUGGCGAAGACCUGGUACAACCAGCUCUCGCUCGGAACCAUGAAACUGAUGCAAGCCAAUAAGGCCGUCUGCGGCUUCCACCUGGGAUACCUGUCGGACGAGGAGCUCAUCUCCAAGGCUAUGGUCAAGCUGCUGGAGCUCUACAGUCAAGGAAAGAUCAAGCCACGCAUUGACUCAAGUUUCCGCUUCGAGGAGGUAACUGAUGCCAUGAGACGCAUGCAUGAACGCCAAAAUAUCGGCAAGGUCAUCCUUCUUCCUGAACCUAAAAAGGAGGAAGAAAAGCCAAAACCUGAGCCAGGAGAAAAUGUGGGAAAAACUGAAGCUGGUGCCAAAGAAAAUAAAGAAGAAACCACAAAGGAAGUUAAAGCAGAAGAGGCUUGAGUAAGAGUUGUUAAAUGAGUUGUAUUUUCAAACACUUCCCCAACAAAUUUCCCUGUUUGUCAAAAAAAAAAAAAAAAAAAAAAAAACAAUUCAGAGAAAGAAAGCAAAGUGAGGAAUCCUUCGAUUUUUGUCAGUAUUUUUGAAAGAUUUGUUGUGCAAUAUGUGUACAGUGCAGUGUUAUGGAACAUGUGUUUUAAAUAAAAUUAACUGUAUUCUCUAACAUUUCCAACUGCAAUCAAUCAUGACGACAUCAGUUCCAUGAGUUUUAUGUGAUUACAGCUUUGAAGUGAAGAUUUAGCAGCAGUUAUUGUUUCCUAGUUUGUGAUGCAACGUUGAAAUGUCUUAUUAUGAGAAGUGAGUCACAACAUUACUUCAACUCUCUGUGGAAAUCCUCGGUCAGUCAGUAUCCUGUUGUAGUUUAAUAGUAAUAUUUUCCUUCAUCCGUGUUUGAGCCAAAUUAAAAACAAUUCACCACUGCUAUAAAGCCAACUGUGAAUAACAAUUAGCGUGACUUUCUUGCCUUGGCAAACAAUAUGCUCGAUAAAACUGCUUAAUUUGUCAUGUGAAAGCAGCUUUUUCUCUACUCUGUUCAUGUUAUUCUGUAAUUUACUGCACGGGAGGGGGGUUAAACUUAAAAGAAACUGCUUUGCUUUCAUGUUACACUUGUCCUAAUUAUGCUUUUUUGUUAUACAGACGACUUAACUAUCUGUUUUUUAGUAGUAAACACAUUCGUUUUCAAGUUUUAACAGAGUAUAGCAGGGGAUUAUUUAGCUUUCAUUUUAUUCUCUAAUAUUUUCCACAGUACUUCAUCUAUUUCUGCAGAAGAAUGACCUCAAAUAGAGUCUGGUCUUAGUAACUGAAAUAUUUUGUCCAGCUGUGGGUGUAAUUCAAUGCUGUGACGCAGAAAACGCUACCGAAGCACAAGAGAGAAGAAGACUUUCCCUCCAUCCACCACCAGAGCAGCUCCUCACAUUCCUCUCUCCACCCUCUCAGUCCUGUUUCUGUCCAUUUUUUUUUCUGGACCAGAACUGGAUUUAAAGCUUUCUCUUCAACCAGUUUACUUUGGUUUGAUGCUUGAAACACACUUGUAAGAAUUUUUCACAGGGAGCAUUAUGGUAUUUACAUAUGCGACAUUCUUUCUUGGCCACUUGGACAAGUAUUGUUAAGUUUGGCCAGAGUUCCUUCUCCUAGUCUGAAGUAAGAGCUGAUGUGGAUUUCAAGCUGGAGCUGGAGUCUCACUGUGCUUGUGUGAAGUUUAUGCCUCUACAUAAGUGUUUGUGUGAUGUUAAGGUGUUUUAGGUGCAUUACAAAUACGCAGUAAUGUGUCCUAUGGAUUUCACAGAUUUGUACAAAGAAAAUAAAUAAAAAGCCCAUUUGAACUAUUAAACAGUUUAUUUCAUUACAAAUGUUUAAAUGCAUUUAACAGUUUGGAAAUAUACACCAACAACUCAAUUAUAUUCUGAUUUAACUCAUAAAUAGUCCAAAAAUAGUGUCAGUACCUGCACCAUAUGUCAUUUACAAUAUCAUUUUGACACGAACCGUGACUAAUAUUAGUAACUCAUGCAGAAAGGGACAUCUAGUGGUCAAGAAAAAACACUGCAUUUUAAAAGUAAUUAAAAUAUUUGGAAAAAAAAAAAAAAGUGAGCUGUAUUGACUGUUAUUUGUGCUGCAUUCCAUCUACAUAACAUGGAACUUCACUCAUAUUUAUGCACAAAGUUGAUAUAUUAUGUGUUUAACCCCCAAAAGCCAUGACCGAACAUAUCUAUCACUGUAAAAUAACUGAUGAAUCUCUAAUCAUAUAAUGUGGAGUUUUUUUUGUUUGUUUUUUUGUUUUUUGCCCCAUUUGGACAGUCAGAAGCUCCUUAAUUUAUGCAAACAGAUAUGUUUGACUGUUUACGUUUUACUAUAUAUAAAUAAAUACCCUGAAAAACACCCACAAUAAUAUUAAAAUGAAGGACCUUCAAUUUAAAUAAUGAAGAUAUCUGGAAGCUGAAAAUAACUUUCUCUAAUGUUCACAGUAAAAAAAAAAAAAAAAAA